AUGACAGGCUGUCAUUUCUGCGAGCUUAAAGUGAGAGCGCAUUUGCGCGCGAAACACAUGGAAGAAAAACAUGGCGUCCCCGCGCCUACGUGUAACGCGUGCGGUCGAAAGUUUUCAUAUCCACAUCAAGUGAUACUUCAUCAAAAAACCUUUCAUAUGGGUGAAAAGAAUAUUGCGUGUCCGGUUUGUGAUAUGAAGUUCGGUUCUAAAGUGAAUUUGUACCAGCAUAAGGUCAAGCAUUCUACCGAGAAAAUACAUAAGAUCUCUUUUGUUUUAGAAUUGGAAGAACAGUAUUGCUCAACACGGCUGGAAGAGGAUGGCUCACAUACGUACACAUGCAAAAUAUGUUCGAACACAUACAAACGAAAGGACUCCAUCAAACAGCACUAUAGGCACGUUCACUUGAAGCAAAGGCCUCGCCUGCAUGGAUGUUACUAUUGCCCCGAGAAGGUCAGAGCCUACCUUCGAGCCCAGCAUAUGGAGGAAGUUCACGGGAUUCCGGCCCCCACGUGUGGUGCGUGUGGGAAGAAAUUUGCCUUCCCAUUUCAAGUUGUGAAACACCAGAAGACAUUUCACAUGGGAGAGAGGAAUUUUGUGUGUCCAGUGUGCAAUAUGAGCUUUGGGACGAAGCCCAAUUUACGACAACAUGUCAUUAAACAUACAACGGAACGGCCCUUUAAGUGCGACUUCUGUGAUGAGGCCUUCAAAUGGAAGAAGCAUUUGAGACGGCAUGUGGCUGGGCAUUUGCAUAAGAAACGUUAA